GUGGCGAUAGUCAGGUCAACAAACGGCCAUUCUAUUCUUAAAAACGAAGAAGACGAGUUGUCGCGAGAUUUGCGGGUUUAACUUAAAAUAACGCGGGAUAGCUUGGACUAUGUGUAGUGAAUCCGUUGUGUAGCAGAGAAUAUUUCGACUAUCAGCAGAUGGUAAACAAUGCUUAAAGUGAACAUUACCUUUAAGUUAUGACUUCAGUCCCAGUUUGGCUCUGUGUCUUUCGCCCUGUGUCAUUCGGAAAGAUCGCCAUAACUUUAUUGUAAGGUCAACUUUACUAUAUUACUCUUGGCAAACGUUAGGAAACACUAGCUAACAUCAGCUAGCCGGCUGAAUCGGCUUCGAAAUGGAUCAUACGGAGGAUUUAUCUGCUCGGGUUCUGCUGAAACGUAUUCUCACCAUCGAGCCACCCAGAACUCCCCUUACCCGCAGGGCCUCCAGAGCACAAAGUACCAGUGGCACCAGUGGUCCCAGGCACAGCAAUAGACUCAGCAUAAAAGAUGCUGUUGCCCAGACACCACAGGACAUCCUACGACGCAGUCUGAAACACAAGAUACAAGAGAGUAUAUCCCGAAAAUCUCUUCCUGCUACGAGAAGGAGGACAACCUCUUUUGUGCUCAAAAAGGCAAACACACCUGGUCCAGCCUCAGUGCUGUUUGAUGAUGGAGACACACCAAGGCACAUACUCAAGAACAUCCUCCUGACAGAACCGGUGAAAUCACCGGUGGUUCAUGAGGGAGCUGGGUCAGAAGUACCACACCUGCCAUCAGUCAACUCCAGCUUACAAAGCAAGCGUCCAAGUAUGGAGCUUUCAGGACUGGAGCUGCCUGAUAUAACAAUGGGCAACGUAGUAAGCACUGUCAAGGGACUGAGCAGAAAGAGACCCCGUCGCAGUCUUAACGUCACUGCUUUUGAAAAGCGCCUUAAAGAUGGAAAUGAUGUUGAAGAAAACGAAGAGUCACUGGAUGACCAGUCAUCGCUUUCAUUGUCAAGUUCCACUUCACUGAGCCUUAAAACACCGUUCAUGGAUAUUCGAACUGAGAAAAAAGGCCUGCAGAGAAGAGUUUCCAACCGUCGAAAAAUCUCAGAGGAAGAAUUUGGUGCAGCUGUAAACAAAAGACAGAUGGGAAAUUACCAUGCAGAGCAAGGUGUCAGUGACUCAGUCCACUCUGAGGGAUUCACUUUGAGCCUGAGUAAACUCAGCUUACCCGAUAUCACAACUGACAUUGUCAACUGUAACACAGCUCUCUACGCCCAGACUGAUGCAGUGACAUCUAAUUUUUCAACUCUUGCAACUCAGGACAAAUCUAUGGUUAUGGCAUCACAGCUUCAGAGAGAGAUGGAGCAAAGCCAGCUUGACAGGGAAAAAUCAAUUUAUGUAUUGCCCUCUGAGGAAGGGAUUUUGACCGACUCUCUUAAAGAAUGUGUGUCAACCAUGUCUGAGUCAAAGAAAGAAGUACUGGCAGAUAAUUGUCAACCUGAAGAUGCUGAAGUUGUGUCUACAUCAGAGGAAGACGAGGGGAUGAAAAAAUCCCAGACCAGAGAAAAUGAUGAUCCAGCGGAGUCUGAACAGGAGGAGAAUGCAGCAGAACCUCAAGCAGAGCAGGAUGAUUCUCAAACUGAAGAAGAUGCUGCUGCCGGGUCUCAAUUUGAGGAUGAAGAUUUUGUAGAAGAUACUCAGGCUGAAGAAGAAGGUGCAGUUGAAUCUCAAUCUGAAGAGGAUGCUGCUGCCAACUCUCAGUCUGAGAAGGAGGAAGAUGCAGAAAGUGAUCAAGAGGUUCCUGUUACAAGUUUGCGAUCUGAGGAAGUGGAUAGUGUGACUGAUUUUCAGUCCAAAGAUGAUGAUGAUGUGAGACAGGUGGAAGGAGAAGAGGAUCAGGGAAGUAAACAACUGGAAGGCAAUCUGGAGUAUAUCAGAGGACGAGGUCAUCGCUCAGAGGGCAGACUCAGAGGUAACUUGGAAUACAUCAGUCGAAGGGCUCAUCGCUCGGAGGGUGGACUUAUCAUACGUGUUAUAGGAACAGAGGGGGUUCCACCAGACACCACAGAAACAGGGAUUCCUGAUGAUAACUCCAAAGCGCAUGAUGCUAAUCAUUUACACGGCAACACUGACGUAGGAAGUGGUGAGAUCAGUCAUGACAUGACUGACUUGGCCAAGUCCUCAACCAGGAACGAUGCUUCUUGUGCAAAGGCUGACCCUGUUGAUAAGAGCACAUUUCAUCUGUCACUGACAACUGAAUAUGACUCAAUGAAAGACACUGAUGCUCAGGACCCUGAGGAAGAGGAGGAGAAGGAGAGCCAAUGGGAGAUCGUGGAGGAGGUGGUGGAGGAUUGGGAAGAGCAGAUGGUGGAGGAGAAGGGGGAAGAGGAGAUGGAGAAGGAGGAAGAGGAGGUGGUGGAGGAUCAGGAAGAGCAGAUGGUGGAGAAGGGGGAAGAGGAGAUGGUGGAGGAGGAGGUGGAAGAAGAGGUGGUGGAUGGGGAGGAGGAGGGGGAAGAGGAAAUGGAGGAGAAGGUGGUGAAUGAGGAGGAGGAGGGGGAAGAAGAGGUGGUGGAUGGGGUGGAGGAGUGGGAAGAGGAAAUGGAGGAGGAGGGGGAAGAGGAGAUGGUGGAUGAGGAGGUGGAAGAGGAAAUGGUGGCGGGGGUGGAGGAGGAGGGGGAAGAAGAGGUGGUGGAUGAGGAGGAGGAUGAAGAUGAAGAAAAUGAGGAUAUUCCCAUGAAGACUCCUGCCUUUGUCAAAGAGAAAAGGAAUUUUAUUUGUCCUGAUCCUUUGGCAUCACCUGUUCUUAAGAAUAUUCAAUCCAAUCAAAUAAGUGAAGGUUUACCUGGAGCUAAACCUAAACCAGGGACACGGAGGAAAGCUGGACCAGCUAAGAAGGAACCAGGCCUUCCUAAGAGUUACCUUAUGGCCGUGUUUAAGCACUUUGCCAAAACAAAGGUCUCUGCAGAUGUGUACCCUGUCCUACAAGAAAUAAUGGAUAAAUUCUUUGACCGCCUUGCAAAGGACUUGGAGGCAUAUGCACUUCAUGCAAGGAGAAAAACAAUAGAGGUCGAAGAUGCUGAACUGCUCUUGAAAAGGCAGGGUUAUGUGAACGACAAGGUGCCGGUGGAAGUGCUCAUUGAAAAAUAUCUUCGCAUGGAACAGCGCAAGCUCCUGAUCCCAAUUGCAACCAGUGGGAAUGUUGUUAUCCCUAAGAAAAGACGAUAAGUGGUUCAUCAACAGCUACAUUUCUCUGACUUGUAUAGAUGUUAAUACAUACAUAAAACCUGAUGUAAAUGUGUACAUAUUUUAUUUCUGUUGUGUAUACGAUUGAUGCCUGGGUCGUGGCAGUGUUAUAUGGAGAAGGAAUGUUGGUACACUGCAGUGAUGAGCUGAAGACACUUAUCGCUUAACAUGACAUGAGUGUAAGUGUCCGCUUUUGUCAUUUACAAUUUCAUGGGUAUACUGUAUUCACUUAGUAUGAAACAAAGGCUUGUAAGUUUACAAAUACUGAAAUAAAGUUUUCAUGUUAAACAUU